ACACACACUGCACAGCUUAGCUUCCUGCAUCCUCUCGCUUGUCUGUUUCUUUUAAAUGCAGGCUGAACUCGAUCUUUCAAGUACAGCAUAGCACGCAUGCCCAUUUUUUUCCUGUCGUUAGUGGUGUCAACUUAUUAAUUUCUGUCUUCUUCUUCAGGCCUGUUGGUUUCCUGUCUGAAACCAUUAUUACCUUUGUCUGCAUGGCAAAAUAAUUAGCAUACAGAUGAGAGGUGAUUCUCACAAGAAGCUUCUGUACAACAGGAGAUGUGCUCUGCAAAGCUGAUUGGAUGACUGAAGAAAAUGAAAAUGAAUGUGAAAAAAAUCAAGUGAAUGCAGCUUGAUGGAUCAUCAGCUUCUGCAACAAGCUACAGAGAGGGAAGCUUGGCUGGAGAGCAGACUAUGCUGUUAGCUGACAUCAGGUGCAGUCAGCCUAAAUAUAGCCACAUCCUCUGAGACUAAAGCUGCUUCCAACAACAUUGGGCAGGAGGUGGAACCUCAGUUACAUGCGCAAGAAACGGAAGUCCUCAGUGGAGCUCGACCAUGCCAUGGAGGAGAGUGUACGGAAGAGAACUUUUUAUUGAUUUACAAUCUUUCUUCACAUACGCUUACAGACUCACAAGAAACAGCAGAACAGAUUGCUUUAAUCCUCAUCUACAACAGCAGCAUAUGGUCAUCAUACUAUAGUGCGUCACUGAAUCAUGUGCUAUCAGUCUCCAUGAAAACACAUGCUCAUGUUAUACAAAUGUAGAAGGACGCAGGCCAUUCAGUCGUUACCAUGAGCAGUCAUUUGAACAUGUAUAAUGACCCAUUCAAAUGAAUGACGCAUUUCAAGAAUUCCAUAUCAGUACCGUGUUUAUGGCUGCCCAUUGGCCAAGAAAAGAAAAACACAAGCUAAACAACAAGAAGAACUUAUUCCAGAUAAGACAUAAUUUACAGUAAGAACGGAUAACUCCUCAGUGGAUGAAUGUUAUGAAACAGACGGGACAGAAGAAAUGGAUGAGAAUGAGGAAGAGGAUGAAUACUCUGAUGACAAUGAAGAACAGGGUGAGGAAGAUGUAGAUCUGGAUCAAGAAGAAGAAGAAGAUGAGGAAGAGGAUGAGGAACUUGAUGAGGAUGAAGAAUAUGAUGAAGACGAUGAAUAUGAAGACUAUCAGGAAGAGCAGCAGAUGGACUGUGACAAUAUCAGAACAAUCCAGGACCCAGAAAAGGAUGACAACAACAAUGAUGAAUAUGAUAAUUAUGAUGAACUUGUAGCCAAAUCUUUAUUAAACCUUGGCAAAAUUGCAGAAGAUGCAGCUUAUAGAGCCAGGACAGAAUCAGAAAUGAACAGCAACACAUCAAAUAGUCUAGAAGAUGAUAGUGACAAAAAUGAGACCAUGGGCCGCAAAAAUGAGCUGAGUUUAGAUUUAGACAGCGAUGUUGUUAGGGAAACAGUGGACUCCCUCAAACUUCUUGCACAAGGCCAUGGGGUGGUACUUCCAGAUAAUUUAAAUGAUAGAAGUUACAUGGAUGGCAUUUCACACAAUGACAGCAGACAUACAAACCUCAUUAUACCACAUAAGCCUACUAACAAUGGACUGCUGGAAAAAUCAGUAGAAGAAAAUGAUGAAGAGGUAUGUCUUAGCAGUCUCGAGUGUUUGCGCAAUCAGUGUUUUGAUUUGGCAAGAAAGCUCAGUGAAACAAGCCAGCAGGAAAGAAACCAGCAGCAACAUAUGCAUAACCAUCAACAAAUCCGACAAGAUGAUGACCUCAGAAGAAAAUCACCUGAGCAAAACUAUUCAGACAUGGUCAACCUCAUGAAACUAGAAGAACAGUUGAGCCCUCAGUCGAGAACUUUUGUUAGCUGUGGGAAGGAAGACUCCUAUAUUGACAGAGAUGAUGAUACCACAUCUAUAACUUCUGAUCGAUCUGAGGAAGUUUUUGAUAUGACAAAGGGUAAUUUGUCCCUUCUUGAAAAGGCUAUUGCCUUAGAAACAGAAAGGGCAAAUGCCAUGAGGGACAAAAUGUCAAUGGAGCAUGCAAGAAGAGACAGUUUAAGACUACAUGAUGAAAGCAUGCCAGGGCACCAUUAUGGAGAGGAAAGGAGGCAUAAACCCCAUGAUGGACAUAUCAAAAAGCCAUACUAUCAUAAAGAUUCCUCACGAGCAGAAAAAAAGGAGAGCAAAUGUCCAACUCCUGGAUGUGAUGGAACGGGUCAUGUGACAGGACUUUAUCCUCAUCAUCGUAGUUUGUCAGGCUGUCCUCAUAAAGACAGGGUACCUCCUGAAAUUCUUGCCAUGCACGAAAAUGUUCUUAAGUGCCCUACACCAGGCUGCACAGGACGAGGCCAUGUUAAUAGCAACAGAAAUUCUCAUAGAAGCCUUUCAGGGUGUCCCAUUGCUGCUGCAGAGAAGUUAGCAAAAGCUCAAGAGAAGCAUCAGAACUGUGAUGCAUCAAAAUCUAAUCAGACAUCAGAUCGUGUUUUAAGGCCGAUGUGUUUUGUCAAGCAAUUGGAGAUUCCACAGUACGGCUACAGGAACAAUGUGUCCACCACAACACCUCGCUCCAACUUAGCUAAGGAGCUGGAGAAAUACUCUAAGACAACAUUUGAAUAUAGCAGUUAUGACAACCAUGCAUAUGGAAAGAGAGCCAUAGCACCAAAGGUGCAAAACAGAGAUUCAUCUCCAAAAGGAUAUGAUGCAAAGCGUUAUUGCAAGAACGCAAGCCCUACAAGCAGCACAACAAGCAGUUACGCUCCCAGUAGUAGCAGCAGCAGUAGCAGCAGUAACAUGAGCUGUGGCGGGGGCAGCAGCGCCAGCAGUACCUGCAGUAAGAGCAGCUUCGACUACACGCACGACAUGGAGGCAGCGCACAUGGCUGCCACUGCCAUUCUGAACCUGUCAACACGCUGCAGGGAAAUGCCCCAGAACCUUUCCACCAAGCCUCAGGACCUCUGUUCUAGGAAUCCUGAUCUUGAUGUUGAUGAGAACGGCACUCUGGAUCUCAGUAUGAACAAGCAGAGGCCACGUGACAGCUGUUGUUCCAUAUUAACUACUCUAGAGCCAAUGUCUCCACAACGGCAAGCUCAAAUGAACAGCCAAUGUUACCAAAUGAAUGAGACAGACUGCUGGGACAUGCCAGUCAACUAUACCAAACUAAAACCCAGGAGAAUAGAUGAAGAUGAUUCCAAAGAGCAAGAAGAUAUGGACCCAUUCCAAGAUACACUGGAUGAAAGGAGAUACCCUGGAGAAGUUACAAUCCCUAGUCCCAAACAUAAAUACUCUCCAUGCAAAGAAAACAAAAAGGAUUUAAUAACAUGUCCAACACCAGGGUGUGAUGGGAGUGGUCAUGUGACUGGUAAUUACGCCUCACAUAGAAGAUAUCCUGGCAUGUCUUGCAGUCUGUCUGGCUGUCCUUUGGCUGAUAAAAGCAUUCGGAGCAUGAUGGCUACCAGCUCACAGGAACUCAAGUGUCCUACUCCUGGCUGUGAUGGUUCUGGACAUAUUACUGGAAACUAUGCUUCACAUCGAAGUCUUUCAGGUUGUCCCCGAGCAAAGAAAAGUGGAAUUAAGAUUGCACAAAGUAAAGAAGAUAAGGAAGACCAGGAACCAAUCAGGUGUCCUGUUCCUGGGUGUGACGGUCAGGGUCAUGUGACAGGGAAAUAUGUAUCUCACCGCAGUGCGUCAGGAUGCCCCCUAGCUGCCAAGAGACAGAAGGAUGGUUAUAUGAAUGGUUCACAGUUUUCUUGGAAGUCAGGGAAGACAGAAGGUAUGUCCUGCCCAACACCUGGAUGUGAUGGCUCAGGACAUGUGAGUGGCAGCUUCCUCACUCAUCGAAGCCUUUCAGGAUGUCCAAGAGCCACUUCUGCAGUUAAGAAAGCAAGGCUGUCAGGAGAUGAAAUGUUAACCAUAAAACAACGAGCAAGCAACGGUAUAGAAAAUGAAGAAGAAAUUAAGCAAUUAGAUGAAGAAAUCAAGGAACUAAAUGAAUCAAAUACACAGAUGGAGGCUGAUAUGAUUAAGCUUCGAACCCAGGUAAUCACAACAAUGGAAACAAAUCUGAAAACAAUAGAAGAGGAGAACAAAGCAAUUGAACAACAAAAUGAGUCUCUUCUCCAUGAACUGGCCAAUCUAAGCCAGUCAUUAAUUCAUAGUCUAGCCAAUAUCCAGCUGCCUGAUAUGGAGCCAAUAAAUGAACAAAAUUUUGAUGCUUACGUGACCACUUUGACGGACAUGUAUACAAACCAGGAUCGUUAUCAGAGUCCUGAAAACAAGGCCCUUCUGGAAAAUAUAAAGCAGGCCGUGAGAGGAAUUCAGGUCUAAAAACCUGCUGUAAUGGACAUUUUGCUUGAAAGCGGAUGCCUUUUGUUUUUGCUGCUGUUACUUUACCAGACAGUGUUCUACAUAUAUUUCUGUUACACAAGAAGUGUUAUGCUUACAAGACUUCAUGAUUUUAUGUCUUGCUUUAAAAUGGUAUCUGCAGAAUAGAUUUUGGAGACAUUCACAUUUUGUACGUUUUCAUAUGAGCUGACAUAGUGUGAUAUGCCAUGUACUGUUUAUAGCUGCUAAUGUAUGCACAUUUUUGAGGUAUAUAUUUCUGAGAGGUAAGCUGAACAAAAUGAAUGAGUGUAAAUUCUUUUUAAUGAUUCGGUGAUUAAAACAUUUUAGUAUUUCAAAAUGAAAUGGAAAGAACAGCUUUGACUGACAAUAUUGCAGUGUGCAGCCACUUUUUAAACAUUAUCAUUUGCCUCAUGUUAAGAGGAUUUUACAAAAUUUUGUGUGCAUAUUGUUUCAUAGCAAGAAUUGGUUGCAAAAAAAUGCUUUAUUUUUGAAGAAUGGUUGAAAUAUUUUGUGACUUUUGUUUUAAAAGGAUGAUGGUCUGUGGGGGCAAUCAUAUGAGAUUUUUGAAAAUGAAGAAGAAAAGGCCUGAUAAGCUGCAGAUGGAGGUUCUGGGUCAUGUUGGGUGCCCAAUAUCAUGACAUGGAAACUCAGCCAAAACUCAUAAUGAGUUAUGCUGCAUAAUAUUACUAAUAAGCUAAUGAUGCACAUCUGAACAAUGAUUACCUAUACAUUUAUUUUCAAUAGAAAAUCUAUGACUCAAACGUGACAAGUAUCUGCAUUUUGCAGAAUACUGUUUAUUGAGUAAAUUUCAUUUUCAUUGUUUUUGCCAGUUCAUUAAAUUCAGACAUAGUAAUUAACUAAUCAGUCACAAGGCAAUGCAUUCUUCAGAUCAUGUGUUUUGUAACUGGUUUAUGUUUCACUUUUAAAGUAAACUGCCUUUUAUACAACAUGAAUAUUUUUAGAUAAUCAUAUUGUGUAGGAAAGAAAAUGAAACUGCUGAAAUUUUUACAAUAUCUUCAGGACAGACAGUGAGCCUUUAAGUAAUAUAUCUGUAAUGUGUGGACUUUUUAUCUCACUGCUAUAGCAAAUGUGGUAACCUCUAGAUACGCACAGUCAUUUUAGAUAUAAGAUUGUAUCAUGCAGUUUCACUACCAUGAUUCUAUAUGUCAUUUGAACUGUCAUGUAACUAGAAGCCCACGUUCAUAAUGCAUCGACUCUUCUGUUGCUGGAAUCUAACAUCACCCGCCACUCAUCUGGAAUGAUCACAUGCAUUUGCUUAACACAUUGCUUUUACUUCCAUGUCCUGAUGUUGUAGUAAUGAAAACAGUGAUGAUCCUAAUGAAUAUGUUGUGGCAAUUUUUUAUACGAAAUGAAUUUUAGAAAAGCGGGACUUACAGGGUCAUUGUCCCCACAAUGUGCCAGUUGAUUAUUUGCACUUACCUUGUCCUAUAUCCACAAUUUACGGAGGUGUGCAAUUCCAGGUGUCAUUCUGUGAAGUGACACUUGCAUGAACAAACAAAAGGGGGAAGCCAGGAGGGCUCAAUCAGAUCAAUAUCAACUUUUAGAGACUACAGGGAUCUCACAGCAAAUAUUCUGAUACAAUGUUUAACCUCGAUAUAGAUAUAUAUAUAUAUAUAUAUAUAUAUAUAUAUAUAUAUAUAUAUAUUAUCCCAGCAGCACUUUAUAUUAACCACUGUACAAAUAUUAACAGUUCUCUAAGUAGACUCUAGAAACAAGCUGGGAAACGCUGUAAUUACUUCUGGGGCUCUGCAGUAUUAACUUGCACAGCACCCACUUUCUGUCGUGCUGUUUAGUUGUAGCUGCCAUGCUCAGAAUUGCCUUUCUGAGAGCUAAAGCAAGGUGCUUGCUAUUCACUUUCUGCCAUAAAUAUUGUACUAUUUGCCCACAUCUCUUUUUGGGGCAUCAUUCAUCAUAACUGCAUAUGCCUUUCCUCACCGCAUUGUGUCUGCAGCUUCUUUGCCGAUAAUAGUAAUGCUUUCCGUAGAGUAAAUAGAUAGUAUCAAUUUUAGAUUCUUAUUGUUAUCACCUACUGUAUGUAUAAUGGAAAGGGAUUCUAAGCACAAACCUGCUGCUCAUCUAAUGUUGGUACAUAAUAUCAAAUCAAGAGUUAUCUGUCAGUAUUGUAUAGGGAAUACAAAGGUAUCACAUAUUAGAAUGCUGACCUUUCAUAUGGAAUUAUUGUGAGUCAUCAGAGUUUAUUUAUUAUAUCUUAUUCUUCAUAUUCAUUUAUAAGUUAAUUUAAGUGAUCAUUUAUUAAGACAAAAAUUUUGUAUAAACUAUUUAUUGUGCUCUCUGUGGAACUGAAGUUUGAUUUAUUUUUGUACUACACGGCAUGAAUUUCUUGACAUUUUAAUUUUGCUAUAAAUGUGUGAAAUCACAAGUUGCUGUGAUAACUUCAUUUUUAAAUUGUGAAACUUUGUACAAUUUUGUCAUGCUGGAUGUUGACACAUCUUACUCUAAAUAAAAGAAAAAAAAAUUGUGUCGCCA